AUGUCCAUCCUCCUCGAUUUUCUUUCACAUGGCGCCGUCAUCUUACUGUCUACCGAUUCACCGACUUUAUUCGUGUUGGCGACGACUCUUACCUCGCUGGGAUCCUCCUCUAUACCCUCCUAUAGCUCGACGGUUCUUGGGUACGUACGGUACCGGGCCGCGCAAGGCGAGCAAGAGGACCAAGACCAGGAUGUAGGCGUCCUGUUUGGAGCCCUUGCCGUUCUCCAGAGUCUUGGACAGACCAUUGUUGGUCCCAUUAUCUUUGGAGUUGUCUACAGCAUGACCAUCUCGUGGUACCCCAAGGGUGUCUUUGUCCUGGCAUGCGGCUGCGCUGGAGUCGCGUUGUUGCUCAUGUGCAUAGCCAGACCGAGAAAGCGCCUCAUUCUCAUUGGGCACAGAAAGGAUAGAUCCACAGCUUAUGAACGGGGGAGGUGGACUUGCGACUUGUCUGCCACGGCCAUGUCGACGUCGAGAACGGUGAAACGCUGCCACCAACGAGGCUCCUACUCGUCACCCAAGACAACUUGGACGGAGUUUGAGGCUACACUGAAGGCGACGAACACGACAAACGGGAUCAAGGUGACAAACUUUGGCAAAAAGAUCCUCUCGGAGCGUGUUCCAGGAUGGUUUGAAUAUUAUCUCGAUUACAAGGCCCUCAAGAAGAUAAUUUCUUCCGUCCACGCUAGCCCAGAUCCCAGUGCAGCGUUUAAGGACUAUGCAACCGACUUUGAAAUGGCAAAGGAGGAGCAGAAAGCAAGCUCAGUUCCAAAGCCAUCCGAUGGCUUUCGAGUCCCCUCUACGACCUCUGUGCAGCCACUAUGGGAGUCCACCGAACCUCUGCAGCCUACUGGAGCCCCUCUAUCCAUGACCAUCGCUGUGAAUAGUGCUGAAUACGCAAACCGUGAUCCGGAUUUUCAGAUGAAGAAGGCCGCGUUCUUCUUCAAACUCCAGCGAGAGUUGGACAAGAUCAAUGCUUUCUAUCUCAAAAAGGAGGCAGAACUUAAACUUCGCAUUAUAGCAUUGUUGUCCAAGCGACAAGCUGCAGCGAGCAGAACGUUGCCCGACUCGGACGAAAGAGAGAUGAUAAAGGAUCAUGUGGAGUGGCAAGCCGUUGAAGAAGGCUUUACGUUACUUCAGAAUGACCUUUCUAAGCUACAGCAAUUCGUGGAUAUUAAUGCUACCGGUUUCAGGAAGAUUCUAAAGAAGUGGGAUAAACGAUCAAAGUCCACGACCAAGGAGCUAUAUCUGGCCCGACAAGUCGAGGUUCAGCCGGUUUUCAAUCGCCAGCUCAUAACGGAGUUCUCCGACGUCGUGGCGGCAUGCUUACUGAACCUCACGGACACGACAAUACCCCUUAGUGCAACUCUUCGAGAGGAACUUUCGAAGCAUGACUCGGUGCUCAACGCGCAGCUGAUGCGUGAGCCUCUGACGAAGAGUAGGGUCUUUCUCGAUCUCGAAGACUCUUUGAGAAGAGCUGUCGUUCAUAACGACGUAGUAGCUGUUCAACAAGCGCUCGUGACAGCCAAUGAACUCACCAACGCCACUGACGGCCGCACGUACGUUUCCCGAAUUCUGUGGAAAUGUGCAGUUGAGGCAGAACCCGAGUUGGCCGAUCUCAUCCUCGACUCCCCAAAUUCUCCCUGUGAUUUCAAGUUCAUCGAUGAUAUCAACGGAAGAACAAGUAUCCACGAAGCUGCUGCUGCUGGAGCGCCUAGACUCAUUGAUCGGUGCAUCGUGAAAGGCGUCGAGGUCAACAAGAGGGAUUCUUAUGGGAGAACUGCUCUCCAUUAUGCCGUCAUAGAAGGCCACCCGGAAUCUGUUGAUCGACUUCUCGCGGCAAACGCUGAUCCUACUAUACUAGACCUGGAUAAUUUCUCCUGUCUUUACUAUGCCGUGGUUUUUGGACAGCUUGAUUCCGUCCGACUCCUAUUUAGGACGAAUGGCCCUGGAUUGAGACUCGCUCCUGAGGGGAGCGAUAUAGAUCUCUUAUCUUUGGCCUGCCUCCAUGGUCACUACGAUAUCGCUCUCCUCCUUCUGGACCAAGGAGCUAAUCAGGUACCAAACUCAAAUGGUCAAUACCCAAUACAUUUAGCAGCCGGAGCGGGACAUGCCGAGAUCUGCCAAUUGCUUACUUCUCGUGCACGGGAGACACUGGAUAUCCCCGACAAGUAUAACGAAUGGACUCCACUAUUCCACGCGGCCCAAAAGGGCCGGACUCCCUCAGUAAAGGUUCUGCUUGAGGCCGGUUGUGAUACGACGGUUACAGACGAGCUGGGUAGGACACCCAUAUUUUAUGCCGGCUGGUACGGACAUAUCGACUGUGUCGAACUAUUGCUCUCGUCCAGCAGAAAGCACAAGCACAAACAACGUCCACACAUCCCAGAGCCGGACCCAAAGCAAGUGCCGGAACAUCAGCUCGAUGGAGACCUGGAAGCUGACAACAUCCCUUCUCUAUCACUCCCUCCACCUAUCAUGCCCUUCCGUAUUUAUGGCCACAACUAUCUCGACAAGCAAUAUUUAGUUCAAUUAACAUUAGGUCGACCGCAUUCUCAUUUCUAUUUGGACCAACAGGACUCUCCGGUUAAGAUAACAGCUUGGGAAUCUAAUCUCUCCACCAUCCCACCCAACUCACGACCCAAGUCCCUCUUGAAGAUGAUCAUGACCUCGAGACCGGAAACUGCGGCCGUUCCGGUCAACUUAACAAUUCCGUUAUCGGAAGAGCGAGAUGUCAUUUCUUUCCAAGUUCAGGAUCUCUCCGAACUUGCCUUGGAAUUCUCAUUCUACCCCUUAUUUGGCUCGAAAACCGUCGGUCGAGCUGCGGUUCUGCCUUCAGCAUUUGAGAACAUUAAAGAUAGCCGCACGAUCAGUUUAGCCAUUCUCGACCAUCGGCUUCAUAUCAUAGGUCAAGCUACUUUUGAGGCCUGUAUCAUACGGCCUUUUACUGGGGUCACGCUACAGUUUGGUGGGGCCGUCGACACCUACUGGAAAUCCUCUAGCCACCUCAUCGAUAAGGCAGUUCCGUCUGCUCUCAUCUCCCCUCCGUCUGCUCUCGAUUCCACUCAUACCUCUCCCUCUAAUCGUUCUGCUAUCAUGAACCCCUCUGGUUCCAUUACCAUCUCGUCACUAUCGCGAGAUCAA